UGCUUCAAUCAAGUCCAGUUAUUGAUAGGCCGAAACAGGAGUGUGUCACGCCGAGGAGCUCCGUGACACUGACACCAUGCUGCUGGAGCCGAGCAGAGGAGCCUUGUCAGGGGGCUUUUAACUCAUUUCAGGCGGGGUGGGAGGUGAGAAAUGCGGGCGCCGCGUUCAGAGGAACCCCGCUGUUGUGUUUGUCUUCAGUAUCAACAACAGUCGUGCUGCAGCUGCGCUCACGACUCUCAUCAGUUCAUUUAACGGCGCUGCACCGAGGAAAUCCCUGGGACUAUGUGAGCAUCAUGCUCGCUGUGAGAUGCCUGCUGUUCGCUGCAGUGUGUGCACGGUGCGCCGUGACAGGUCUGAGGGAGCGGGGGAGUCUGCCGCCUGCAGAGGAGGUCGUUCAGCCCAAGCGGCUCCUGCAACAGAUCCACUCCGAGGAGGAGCUGCUCCACAGCCGCCUGGACACUCGGGUCAAAAACUACACAGCCGGAGCGCAGCCCGUCCAUCUGGCCCAGAGCAGCUUCUUGGUGGAGGCCUUCGGCACAUCUUUCAUCCUUGACCUGGAACUCAACCAUAACCUGCUGUCCACAGACUAUGUGGAGCGUCACUAUGACGAAAAUGGACAGCUGUCACAGAAUAUGGGAGGAGAACACUGCUACUACCAUGGGCGUGUGCGCGGGCUGCCGGACUCCUGGGUUGCUCUGUCCACCUGCCACGGCCUGCGGGGGAUGUUUUCUGACGGGAACUUCUCAUACGGGAUUGAACCUGUCGACAGUGGAGAGGACCAGAGUGACCACAUUGUGUGUCGUAUGCCGGACAUUGACCUCUUCCCACCUCCCUGUCCAGGGUGCUCUGUGAACGUCUCGGAGCCGGAGGGGCAGACAGAUGUCCGUAGUGAAGUUGAGUUGAAGGAUGGAGACGUCUGGUCUGAACAGGAGAAGCCCGUCUUCACAGAAGGCCGGAGACGCUCCAAAAGACAAGUGCGGCGAGGCCAGCGCACUGUCCAGACUGAGACCAAAUACAUCGAACUGAUGGUGGUCAACGACCAUGAACUGUUUGUGCAGCUCCGUCGGUCGUCCACUCAGACGAAGAACUUUGCCAAAGCGGUGGUGAACAUGGCCGACGCGAUCUACAAGGAUCAGCUGAACACACGCAUCGUCCUGGUGGCCAUGGAAACCUGGUCUUCAGAAAACAGGGUCUCCGUGGGUGACGACGCCUUGCUCACCCUGCGCGACUUUAUGAAGUACAGAAAGGAGAGCAUCAAGGAACGCUGCGACGCCGUUCACCUCUUCUCUGGGAGGACGUUCAUGAGCAGCCGCAGUGAGGCAGCCUACAUCGGGGGCAUCUGCUCAGUCACGAGAGGUGGAGGCAUCAAUGAGUUUGGCAGUGUGGGCCCCAUGGCCAUCACACUGAGUCAGAGUCUUGGCCAGAACAUCGGCAUGCUGAGAAACAAAGAGCGACUGGCUGCAGGAGACUGCAGAUGUCCAGACCCAUGGCUGGGCUGUAUCAUGGAGGACACUGGUUACUACCUCCCCAGGAAGUUCUCUCGCUGCAGUAUAGACGAGUACCUGCGCUUCCUCCAACAGGGAGGAGGCAGCUGUCUCUUUAACAAGCCCAGCAAGCUGUUAGACCCACCAGAGUGUGGGAAUGGAUAUGUGGAGGUGGGAGAGGAAUGUGACUGUGGAUCGCUGGUGGAGUGUGCACGGAGUGGAGCCAACUGCUGUAAGAAAUGCACCCUUACCCACAAUGCCAUGUGCAGCAAUGGGCUGUGCUGCAGGGACUGCAAGUAUGAGCUGAGAGGGGUGACGUGCCGUGACGCUGUUAACAACUGUGACAUCCCAGAGACCUGCAUGGGAGACUCCAGCCAGUGUCCUCAUAAUGUCCACAAACUGGAUGGUUACAUGUGUGACGCUGGACAGGGUCGCUGUUAUGGAGGUCGCUGUAAGACAAGAGAUGGCCAAUGCAGGACGCUGUGGGGCUAUAACUCAGCCGACAGGUUCUGCUAUGAAAAGCUGAACUCUGAGGGCACAGAGAAAGGAAACUGUGGCCCAGACUCCAGUGGUCAGGGAUGGGUGCAGUGCAAUAAGCAAGACGUUCUGUGUGGUUUGCUACUUUGCACCAAUCUGACAGAUAGGCCGAGGUUUGGUGAGCUGCAGGGGAGGGUCACCAGUCUGACCAUCCACCAUCAGAACAGAUACCUGGACUGCAGAGGCGGCCAUGCAGUGCUGGACGACGGCUUGGAUAUGGGCUACGUUGAAGACGGGACACCGUGUGGGCCAAACAUGAUGUGUUUGGAGCGUCGCUGCCUCCCCGUCACUACCUUCAACCUCAGCACCUGUCCGGGCUCCUCGACCUCACGCAUCUGCUCACACCACGGGACUUGCAGCAAUGAGGUGAAGUGUAUCUGUGACCCAGACUACACAGGAAAAGACUGUAGCGUGUUUGACCCCAUCCCCAUCCCCACCCCGCCAGAGGGCCCAGAGAAAUACAGAGGUCCCAGUGGUACCAAUAUCAUAAUAGGUUCGGUCGCUGGUGCCAUACUGGUGGCAGCGAUAGUCCUGGGGGGAACUGGCUGGGGAUUUAAAAACAUCCGACGAGGAAGGUAUGAUCCCGCCUUUCAGUGCUGAUCCUAAAAAACAUGAUCUUGAAUCUCCAUUCAACAUAAUGCCUAAUGUUUUAUAAGAAUCCUCUACUUCUUUAUCCACUUAGCACCUUAAAAAUAUUUUUAAGCCCACACGAAUAAAUCUGUCACCAGCCUUUCACCUUUCACACACAUUUUUUAUGUUUAUUUGUAUAAGAACAAGUAUAUAGCAUGAACUAAAGCCACAUAUACAGCAUUUAUAAAGCCUAUUCUAGUUUGCAAAACCCUUCCAUAAAUGGUCUUUUAAUAUACCAAAAAAACAUAAAUCAAUCAUAAUUCUGGUAUUAGGACACAUCAAUAUCAAUAAUCUAUAAUCCUGGUUUGUAUUAUUAUUUGCACCGCAUGUCCCCUUGGCUGCCAUUUCUAGAAUAUAACUGCAGUCUCGACUUUGUAAUGUUCAUUUCGUAAGGCUUUAAA